GUGAUUGGGCCUUUUACAAAGCUUCUUCAGCUCAGUCCGGUUUCAUUCACUGUGUGUUUGCACUUCGGUUUAGUGUCAUCAUGGCCACAUCAGCACCGAACAUGUAUCGCCUUAUAAUUUUUUGCAGUGCAUUUCUCUUUAGUGUUAUACUGUGCGAUAAUGAGACAGAUGAGGAUGAACAUAGCAAGCACACUUAUACAGUUGAGAUGUUCAACAGCGCGAUUCCAACCGCUCCACACUUUGUGAUGUUCUUCGCACCUUGGUGUGGUCACUGCCAGAGGAUGCAAGAAACCUGGAAUGAGUUGGCAGAUAAAUACAACAGUAUGGAGUCUCCCCCUGUCUAUGUGGUCAAAGUAGACUGCACAAAGGACACCAAGUUUUGCUCCAGCAGCCAUGGAAUUCGGGGAUAUCCCACUUUGAAGCUGUUUAAACCUGAGCAGGAGGCAGUGAAGUAUCAGGGCUCAAGAGACCUGCAUUCAUUAGAGACUUGGAUGCUGAAAACUCUUCAGGAGGAGCCUGAGGUUCAACAGAGUCAGCCUGAGGCUCCCAAAGUGCCAGAGCCCCUGCAGGGCAUGUAUGAGCUUACUGCCUCCAACUUCAAAGCACAUAUUUCCAAAGGAUCUCACUUUGUGAAGUUUUUUGCACCAUGGUGUGGUCAUUGCAAAGCUAUGGCUCCCACAUGGGAGCAGCUUGCCACCAGUUUUGAGCACUCGGACUUGGUGAAGAUUGGCAAGUUAGACUGUACUCAGCAUUAUGAGAUCUGUUCAGAGAACCAGGUGCGAGGCUACCCCACAUUGCUCUUCUUUACAGAUGGAGAAAAGGUAGAUCAGUACAGGGGAAAACGUGAUCUGGAGUCCUUUAAAGAAUUUGUGGAUAAUCAGUUAGCAGCUGCCUCUUUAAAAGUUCAGGCUGCUGCUGAGGAUGCGAAAGACAAUGAAUUACCACAGAACACAGAUUCUGUUAAAGAUGAGUCCACUGUUAAAAUCCUAACUGAAAGCAACUUUGACGAGUCUAUUGCAAAAGGGAUUUCCUUUGUCAAGUUUUAUGCUCCAUGGUGUGGACACUGCAAGAACCUUGCUCCUGUUUGGGAGGACUUGUCUAAGAAGGACUUUCCUGGCCUGACUGAUGUCAAGAUUGCUAAAGUGGACUGUACAGUAGAGAGAACACUCUGCAACAGAUUUUCAGUGAACGGGUACCCGACCCUGCUGAUAUUUCGAGUAGGCCAGUUGGUGGAAGAAUAUAAUGGUGGAAGGGAGAUGGAGAGCUUGCACAGCUUUGUCUUGAAGCAAGCCAGAGAUGAGCUGUAGUACUACCUCAUUACUCACAUAUUUCUUGUACUUAUACCUGAUCUUGUUCUGUGUCCUUUCAGCUAGACUCAAACUAGCUCACAUUUCCAUAAAUGAAAAAAAAAAAAGAUCCUGCAGAAAUAUACAAGAGCCAUUUUUUCAGCUUUCUGUUCUUGCUUCUUUUUUUUUUCUUAAUGAGAGCAGUUACUAACUCUUAAUUAUUUAACAUGAAUUUAUGAUUUUGGCCAUUUCACUUGUAGACCACUAUAGAUGGAAAAAGGUACUUUUUUUCAUAAUCACUAUUGUAGUCAUAGAAUUACCUCAGUUUUUAAACUGUCUAUUCAUAAAUUACAAUUAAAUUAUAGUCUGGCUUAAUAGGCCAGCAAUAGAGUUUACUGUUAAGAAGAAUCUUGUAACUUUGCUCUCAGGGAGAUCUUUUGUUUUCACUAUAGAUAUUAGCCUUCAUUUUGACACUUUUCCACCAUCUUCAGCACUAGUUCUGAAUUAAUUUUUUUAACAUGUUCACUUCUUUACAGGUAAACUGCACAUUUGUGCUUUGUCUGACAUUUCAGUUUUGUAAGGUUUUCUCUGUGGGAAAACUCAGGCUUUAAAGCCAUCUUUAAUCACUGGUUUAUAUUUCAACUUGUGUAUCUUAUUACAUGCAGUUAUCUCCUUUUUGAUCUAGUACACAUUUAUUAAUUUUUUUUUUAUGUUAGCAGAACACCUACACAGGUCCUAGACUCCUAUUGGGAACUGGUAAGAUUUUCGGGCCUUUUUUUUUUGGGCCUAAGAAGCAUUUAUCAUUUUUCUAGACAAUGUGACUUGAUUUCAAAAAUAGCAUCAUAAAGACCCUUGAAAUCGAAAUGCUAAAACAUCAAUUUUAGCACUACUUAUAAGUCUAAGAAUACACUGCAAUGUAUAUGUAUAAUUGUUCUUGCACAUUCUUUACACCUGUUUCUAUACCUGAAAGAUUGGACUGUGCAGUGACUGCAGUAGCAGAGCAGUAUGUUUCACUACCAAAUGAUUUUGUAUGAAACUGUUUUUUAAAAUUGUUCUACAAACACCAUUAAAUUUUUUACAUCCAAAAA